AUGUCGUCCAACAACGUUGAUACCCAUGAGAAGCUCUUCCGCAUCGCUUCGAUCCCCGGUGAUGGCAUAGGAACCGAAGUCACAGAAGCAGCCAUCCAAGUCUUACAGAAGCUCGCCGAAGUCGACGGGACAUUCCAUUUCGAGUUUGAGCACUUCGACUGGAGCAGUAAAAACUUUAAAGAGCGCGGAUACUACAUUCCCCUGGACGGCAUAGACCAACUGAAAAAGUUCAAUGCCAUCCUCUUUGGCGCCGUUGGCUCGCCCGAUGUACCCGACCACAUCUCCCUCUGGGGCCUGAUGCUCCCCCUCCGCAACUCCCUAACCCAGUACGUCAACGUCCGGCCCACCCGCAUCCUGCGCGGCACCUCCUCUCCACUCCGGCCCGAAGUCUGCGGCCCCAAAGACCUAGACUGGGUCAUCAUCCGCGAGAACUCCGAGGGUGAAUACAGCGGCCACGGCGGCACGACGCACGCGGCCUCCGGCAACGCCGUCGCGACAGAGGUGUCAAUAUUCACGCAGGUCGGAAUCGAGAGGAUCAUGCGGUUUGCGUUCGAUACGGCGAUGUUGAGGCCUCGUAAGAAGCUGACGAUGGUGACGAAGAGUAAUGCGCAGCGCCACGGCAUGGUGCUGUGGGACCAGAUCUUCCAUGAGGUCAAGAAGGACUAUCCGGAUGUCGAGACGGAUAAGAUGUUGGUCGAUGCGAUGACUGUGAGGAUGACGCUGAAGCCGCAGACUUUGGACACCAUCGUCGCGACGAAUUUGCAUGCGGAUAUCUUGAGUGAUCUGGCUGCGGCGCUGAGCGGGAGUAUCGGGAUCGCGCCGUCAAGCAAUCUAGAUCCGACAAGGAAGCAUCCUUCAAUGUUCGAGCCAAUCCACGGCAGCGCGCCAGACAUCAUGGGCAAGGGGAUUGCGAACCCAGUAGGUGCGUUCUGGAGCGCUGCGGAGAUGGUGAGAUGGUUGGGAAUGGAAGAGGUGGCGGACAAGCUGAUGCAGUGUAUUGAGAAUGUUACGGAAGCCGGCCCUCGGACAAAGGACCUGGGAGGCAGUGCGAAUACCAAGGAAGUAACCGAGGCGGUGUGUAGGGAGAUCGAGAAGCAGCUGAAACGGUAG